GUCUUCGUUCGGUGACGCAUCAUUAACAUGGAGAGUGUAAAUGACCUUUAUUCAUCAAUCUGCUCUGAUCUUCAUCUGUCUCCGAAUACUUACAUUUCUCAAGAGUUAAAAGAAACGGAAAAGUGCGACAGAGAUUUGUGUCUCAAACUAACGGGCAACAACCGACUGAAAGAAGUGAUCAGAUUAACAGAUGAUGAUGUUAAAGUCUUGUCUAAAACACUGAGGAACAAUUUACAUGUGAAAGCUUUAGAUCUGAGAUAUAACAGGAUCUCAGAUGAAGGUGCAGACCAUCUCGCAGAUCUGAUCCAGGAGAACGAGACUCUGCAGGAGAUCGAUCUGAUGUGCAACGACAUUGGAGCUGAUGGUGCAGAGAGAAUUGCCAAAAGUUUGCAUCACAACAAAACCCUGAAGAGAUUGAGAAUGACGGGAAAUAAGAUCGGGAACAAAGGUGCCAUGCACUUGGCCAGCAUGUUACAACUGAACAGCACAUUAGAAGAGCUGGAUGUGUCAGACUGUGACCUGGACACACAGAGUCUGAUCACGUUUGCGAUCGUUCUUACCAACAACAGAAGCCUUGUCUCUGUCAAUGUCAGUCGUCCCCUCCUCUUCAGUCUACAGGAGGAGACUACAGUCCACACAGCUCACAUGUUAGAGGUCAAUCACAGUUUGAAGGAGCUUCACAUGGGCAAACACGGCAUGACAGACUGCGGACUUCAGAGACUGUGUGAGGCAUUAAUGUCCAACCACAGCCUCUGUUACCUUGAUCUACGCUGCAACAGAAUAACGAGGGAUGGAGCGAGACACCUGGCUGAGGUCCUAAAACAAAACGACACGCUGAAGAUUCUUGACCUGUCCUUCAAUCGUAUCGAAGAUGAAGGCGCUGUGUGUCUGAGCGACGCCAUCAUGCUUAAACACACCGGACUCAGAGCACUCUCCAUCCAGAGCAACAACGUGUCCACCCUCGGCCUGCUUUCUCUCAGCAAAGCCAUUAACACUAAUCCUCAUCUGACCCACGUUUACAUCUGGGGGAACCGACUGGAGGAGCCGGUGUGUGUGGCUUUCUCUCAGCUUCUCUCAUCGAGCCGUCUGUCAGAGCAGCACACGGACGUGACCCCGUACACAGUGGACGGGCGCGUUUACCUGGCCGAGGUGUCUAAUGGGUUACGGCGACAUUAUUACUGGACCCCGAGCUACAGCGAAGACGGAGGCGCUUCCAGUAACGCCGCACUGACUCUAAACAUCACACCAGCUUCAGCCUUACUGAGCUAAACAAGCUCUGUGUUAGUGUGGGGUUAAAGCCUGUGACCCACCUGCUGUAAGCGUCUGUACCUAAUAAACUCUGUGUUCUUACUGUAAGUGAUGAAGCUCCAUGACUCUACAGAGCUGAU